AUGGCUCGCGAGGACCGUGACCAUUGGGUUAACCACUUACCCCUGGUGCUCCUGGGCAUCCGUGCCGCCCUGAAGCCCGACCUAGGCUGCAGCUCCGCCGAACUUGUGUACGGGUCUGCUCUUCGGCUCCCCGCGGAUUUCUUCGUCCCUCCACAACACCCGCCCGCCCCCGCGGAGUAUCUCCAGCACCUCCAACGUUUCUUCGCCUCCCUUCGGCCGACCCCCACCCGUACGGACUCCUCCCGCAAGGUCCACGUCCCGCAGGAGCUCGCAACAGCGACACACGUCUUUCUCCGCACAGACGCCGUCCGUCGGGCGCUCACGCCUCCAUAUUCAGGGCCACACACCAUCCUCAGCAGGGGCGAGAAGACUUUCCGCAUUUCCAUCCGUGGAAAGCCUGAAACCGUAUCCGCUGAUCGAGUCAAGCCUGCCUUCGUCGAAUGCCCUACCAUUGCGGCCUCCUCAGCUCCGAAAGACGUCUCCGACGCCCCACCACGGACACCUACACCCACGUCGCCACCCUCCACAUUCGCUCCGCCUGACCCUCUCCUAAACGGGUGCACUGGUCGGACAGCCCUUGUCUGUCUCUAG